AUGUCAAUUGUAAAGAAAAUGUUAGUCGUAAUUGGAAGAUUACCACUUCUGUUCGUGGUGAACUCUGUCUUGAAAGGAACACUGACGGAUUUAGCAGAUUUCCCAGUUGAUUCCCUGAGUCCAGUUUACUCAUCACUGAUCCUGUCUCGGGACAGUGUAUCUUCAGCCCAGGAUAACGAUACGUUAGUGACGCUGCUUUGGUUUCUUUUCUUGUUUACAGUUGCAGUAACAUCUUUGAUACUUGUGUGCAGUCCAAUAGGAUCACUGCUGGAGGUGUAUGGGUGUUGUUUAGGAUUUGGCCUGCUAGUCUUCUCCUACUGUUGCAACUACCAGUUUGUUCAUGGGAAUCUGUUUGACACCAUGUUCCAACAGAGAAAAGUUGACGCCAGGAAUGUCAGUGGACAACACCUACACAGUGCCUUAACACACAGGCUGCGCUUGUCUUCGGUCAUUAUCAACAUGCUGACCCAGUUCUUCAUUCUGCUGGCCUUUGACCAGAUUUGCAUUGUGGGAACCUUGUGUAGGAGUCCUUCAUUUACAAGACAUUCUCGAUACAGACUGGAUAUCAUUCUGUUCAUGUCUUUUACCCUGCCAAUACUUCUGCAUUCCGUUGUGGCUAAAGAUAGCAUUAUUUAUGAUUUAUCGCCGACUCUAGCACUGUUGUUUCCCUUACUGCUGCUGAUAAUCCAUUCAGGAUUUGUGCUGUUUACCAUUUUCUCUGUCGUUUUUCGUGAAGUUAGAAACAUAAGGAAUAACUUCAGAGAUGUUGGUAUUGAUGGUCUUCUGGUACGGUUAAUGGAAAAAGCCAAUUUGUCAUGGUUAUUAAGAACAUUUUUUCUCACUAAAGUAAUUUAUCAAGUUAUGAUGUCAAAAGUAUUAUCGGAUGCUGAAGAUUUUAGCAGUUUGAACUGGGAGGAAAUGUUGGAUACAGCAAAACUGCUUCUAUUUGAAGUGCUUCACUCUAUGUGUGAUACAAUUUUAUCUGUGAUGAGCAUGGCAAGUAUUGUGAGCACUAUUUGUGGAUUUGUCUUAAAAACUGUGUACAGGAUAAUCGGUGCCCAGGAUGAGGAGGAAAGCAUUCAGCCAGCUGUCUCAGGAUUCUUGUUUGUCUUGUUGGCCAUGCAAACUGGCAUCACCAGCAUUGCCAGCGAGGGCAGGCUGCAGUUGUUAUUUCAGAACUGCAUCCUGCUGGUCGUCGCCAACCAACAUUUUGUACAGACAGUGGCCGCUGAUUUAGUCCUAAAAGCGAGCACAGAUGACAUCGCCAUUGUAAAGCAUAUAAGACCUAUGUUACCAUAUGUAAUAUUUUUCUCAUUUCCUUUUCUAGUUUUGGUUCGUUUGUGGGAGUAUCCUUUUCGGUUGUCCUGGUUAUUAGCAAUAUCAGCAUUCAGUUUAGAGCUGAUAAUAAAGUCUUUAGGGACACUCACAUUUUAUGCAUUGAACAUGCUGCAGUCCCGCACUAAUUUUUUACAUGAAAAUAUUGAUGAUUGCUCAUUUUAUAUCAAAGCAACAUGUGGAUGUUUGGAAUUUGCUUGUGGCAUUUUUCUUUUCUGCAAUGGGGCGUACAUUUUCUUUUUUGAGUCAGGCGGUGUGAUACGGUUUGUAAUGAUGGUAAUACAUUUCUACUGUAACAUUUAUCAGACGGCUGUUAAAGGUUUGAAAGCAUAUCGGCUGCGACAGUCAGCUUGGGAGAAGAUGAACAGAUUGCAAUCUGCCAGUCAAGAACAGCUAGAUGAAAAUGAUGACAUCUGCCCUAUAUGUUACCAGGAGAUGGUUGAGGCUGUGGUCGUAAAAUGUUCCCAUGUUUUCCAUAGAGGUUGUCUGCAGAAAUGGCUUACAAUACAAGAAAAAUGCCCCCUUUGCCAUGUUGACCUAUCAGAAGAAGGUCAGCCGAAUAAAAAGAACAACUGA